UUUCAGUUUUCUGUUACAUUUUUUCACCCCUAUUUAAAAUGAAUAUAUGUCGCUGUCUAAUUAUCCGAAGAAGAUACUGUUAUUACUAUCGCUCUACUUGACUCUAGGAUCUGCACAGAUUAGCGAAUUGGAAAUGGCCAAGAUCAAGGUUUACUGCAACGAAGAUGUUCCUUACGGGCAGCCAACACCCAUUGUCAUAACUAUGGAAAUGCUUCCCGUUAAGAACUCUAUAACUUUGCACCUCAGCACGCCCAGCUAUUUGCUGGCCUAUUUGGAGGUGGGAUCUGGGGUUCAAAGGGAAAUGCCUCCCAAGUUUGAAAAAACCCCCUCAAUCAGUGGAAAUCUUUCUACUUUGGGCAUCAAGACGAAAAUGAAACCCGAAUAUGAAAACGGAUUCUUGGCGAAUUUUAUGGCAAUUUUUUGGUCAAUUACCGAUAGGCUUCUGACCCUAAUUGGCCGAGUGCCCUCCCUGCCCUGGAUAUACGAUGUCACGGAAUCGAUUCGUAUUAACGUGAAUCCCGCCGAGCACUGUGUUCCUCAACUAACACUUCAAAAGUGUUCGGAUCCGAUGAAACCUAAAAGGGUCCUGAUAACACGAAACCUAAUCAUGAAGCCGAAAUUUUUAGAUACCUGCAAUUUGACAAUUAAGACGGUCUUCCAUUGGCGUUUUACGGAUGUUAUUGGGUUGACACAGUUCUCAUCCUAUUCCACAAGUAAUCCCCGGCUCACCCUUAAAGAAUAUUCCCUGGGAUUCCCCACCUCCUAUGAGAUGUGGAGGAACCUUCUUGUCUUGACGGUUGAGGGACAAGUGGAUGAUUAUUCUUUCGCGGCUCGAUGCUAUCUGAAAGUGAUUAUGGGCGGAGUGGAGGCUGUAAUUACAGGAGGCACAACGAGAAGUGCUCAAAGGAACCAAGUCCUGUGGCUGAACGGCUCCCGGAGUCAGGAUCUCUCGAAAAAAAGCACGGACACUCAGUUUUCCAGUUAUCAUUGGAGUUGCUAUUCAUUUGACGAUAAGGACAAUCCCAUUUGUCGUCAAAAUAUAUCUAAAGACGCCGUGUUUAGUAUUCCAGAAUUUUCCUUUAGAAGGGAGUGCAGAUACGUUUUCACCUUGAAGGUCUCUAGGGAUGAUGAUCCGAAAGUUACAUCUCAAAAAUAUCAAUCAAUCACCAUGACAGAUUCGAAAGUACUAGAUAUCACGAUCGAGUGCGUAUGGAACUGCCAAAUGGACCUCGUAUCGCCAAGCUCUGAUGUGCAACUCAGGGCCAAGUGCACCAAUUGUUUUGGCAAGAAUCUGAAAUAUAAAUGGUAUGUUGGUAGAAAGAAACCACUAACUUCAAAACUGCUUGCAAUGUAUUUGGGAUCUGCAUCAAACAAAACCCAAAUCAAUCUCGUGGUGUCCGCGACAGAUGGAAGUUUUGGCAGGGAUGUUAGGACACUGAUACGAAAUCCUGGUCCAUCCCAAGGAAAAUGUUUCGUGAGCCCCACGGAAGGACAGGAGGCACUCACGCCAUUCAUUCCCUGUUGCCAAAACUUUUUUACUUUAAAUAAUCCAAUUGAAUACUGGUACUAUGCAGGACCGGUUUUCCUGGACAGUUGCUUCGAUUGCAGUUGCGAAGUUCACUUGCCCAUCACCAAAUUCAUCAAAGUAUUGGUCUGCGAUGUCGUCCUUGUUUGCCGACCCAGUUGGAUAAGUGUUAACGUUACCGCCCUGGAUAAUAUUCCAGUUCACCCUCCGAUGGAACUAUGGAAGUAUAUCACCAACCCACCCUACAAUAUCCUUAAUCUUCUCGAAGAAGGUCUGUUCCUCAGAUACUUCCAAACGAUUCAGUCUAUGGCAGAUCGGGUAAAUGAAGUGGACUCGGCCAUUGUACUUCUAAGUUCUCUCAAAGGAUACCAGUCGUAUUCCCGGGGAUCACUUGGCAAAUUGGCUAACCUAACGCUAACCCUGGCUAAGCGUUUACAGCCUUUUAAUAUGAAGAAACAAGCCGUUCUUACCUACGUGGUUCGCAAAAUCAACAACAAUUUCCAGGAAAUAUUUGAAAACGAUAAUAUAAUGUCAAUACUAGCCGAGAAGCCGUUGAUCAAGACAACCCUCGCUUGCCUGAAGGUCUAUGAUAUCAUGAAAAAGCUAUCCAACAUAACGCCUCCUCCUCCAUCGCCCAUUUACCGCCUGUAUCGAACAGCUCGAUUGGCUGGCAAACUGGACCAGAAACUAAUCGAUCACCUAGCUAUUGAAAUUAAAAAGCUGAGCAACGGUCCAAUGGCUGUUGAGUGGCUUAGUUGGCUCAAUACCACAUGGGAAACAGAUCGUCUCCAUGGUUAUUUGGGAUACUCUCGAAGGCGAGAUUUCAGAGCGCACUUGGAUGAUCACGAUGUUGUUAUUCAAAACUUUUAUCCCUCCAUAUCCCUGAGCGUCGUCUGUGUCGUGGCUGUGCCUCACAAAACUUUUCAUAUUGAUACUGCCGAUGGCUACCAAACUGUUUAUUUUACUCCGGAAUUCCUUGAAGAAUUUUGGGAAACGGAUGAAAUUCCGCUGUGCAUCAAGGUAAUAUCAGUGAAACGCAGACUAAAGUGGUGGUAUCCCACAGAGCGAAUGCCGAGCUUUGUGCUUCUCAGUGUCCGGAUUUUUCAAUACAACGACUCGUUUACCCAAGAGGUUCAUCUCAGACAGAGCACAAUAAGCUUCAGACAAGUUCUGCCAGAAGUUAUAGAGUUCGAGGCAUUGGUGGACGAGCCGUUAGCUAAAAUAGGUAAACAGGUCCCUAUGAGCAAACGGAAGGAAGAAGGCCACUUGUCACAUACAGUCGACCAGGCUGGCAUCUAUAUGAACUUGAUGCAGAAGGUGACCCUCAAAAACCUGAAAGAUGUGCGGAUCUAUCGCACCUUACUGAACAAGCAUACAAUGUUGGCGGUUCAUUUUGUUUCAACGACUCAUCCUCUACAGGUGAUGGUGACCCUGGAGAAGCAGCCUCUGUUUUCACAACUAUCGAAAUCAUCAUGUUUCAUCCCGGUCUCAAAUAAUUGUAAAGUGGUAUUGCUGCGAAAUAAUUGCAGUAAGGCGAUGCGAGCUUAUGUGGCAGUGCAAAUCGUUCAUAACGUGACGAUUAGUGCUGGUGAGGCGAACUUUGCAUUUGCCUUUCAGUUGCGAUUUUGCGAGUACUGGAGAUAUAGUAUGCCACCGGAUAAACAGCACUGGAGGCAUUAUCACUGUAUUCCAUCGAUGGACAAAGAUGUAAAGAUGGGCUUGUUCUGCUCCUGCAAAUUGCUCAGCACAUAUACCGCAUAUACACAUUUUAUUCCGCCCGUUCUGAUACCCAUAAACCCCUUUCUUGAAAUUAAACUUAAUUACAUCCUUAUUUCAGCCUAUAUAAUACUUCUCGCCCUUCUAAUCCCAUGGCUAAUUUGGCUAAUUAACAAUCGCAAUCAACUGCCAAACAGAGCGGUUUUCCAUCGACUAGUGGACCUAGAUGAUAAGGCCAUGAAGACCCGCAAAGUACACGAUCUGUGGGUCCUCAUCAAGACGGGUGGAUUUAUUAAUUCCGAAACCACGGCAUCGAUAAGAAUCACAUUCCAGAGCAGAUACGGACACAGGAUAAAUAUGACUCAGGAUCCGGAGCACAUACGUUUUAAGCGGAACACGACCAACACCCUGUGGCUAAAAACGCGGGACAUUCGAAUACCCACAAAGCUAUUUAUUUCCCACAACAAUAAUGGACGUUUUCCCAGUUGGUUUCUGCGCCGCAUCGAGAUAGAUGACAUCCAGACUGGGGAGUCCCAGGUCUUCAUCGCCCGACGGUGGAUCACAAGGAAUCAUGGCAUUGUCCUUCAAUCGGAAUUGAUAUUCAAGCGCGGCGAUUCUCGGUUUAUCGGAACCAGGAGGCGACGAUUCGCACUGAUCUUCGAAAUGCUAUGGAAUAACUGGUCCCUCUGGCAUCCAAUCACCGCCGGCUGGCGAGACACCAAUCACUAUCCGAACAUAUCCCGGGCCAAACGAGCUUGCAUUUUCAUCAGCAAGAUACUGGUCACUUUCACCAUAUGCAUCUGCUACUUUGGCCUGACAACCGAGGAGAGUCUCCAGUUGAUUCGUAACCAAAUUAUUGCCUUAGAAGAUGUCAUCAAGCUGAGUCUGAUCUGCGGCAUUACAGAAACAAUUUUGCAAUCUUUAAUGGAACAAAUCAUCCGCCGAUUCGGAUAGAUCUUCGCCUUAUAAAAAAAGUAUGUGAAGGAAAAUGUUUCUGACUAAUUAAUUUAUUAAAAAAAAAAUGCUCUCCUUU